AUGGAGGUUGCUCGGUUAAAAAAUGGUAUUAUGGUUUCACAACAGAAAUACAUUAUAGACUUGUUGAAAGAAAUAGGAAUGAGGGAAUGUCUUCCGGCAGAUACCCCUAUGGAUCUUAAUGCUAAACUUUGGGGAGAAGGUAAUGUUUCUGUUGAUAGUGGGAGAUAUCAGAGAUUGGUUGAGAAAUUGAUUUUUUUGUCACACACCCGACCUAAUAUUGCUUUCUCAGUUAGUGUAGUGAGUCAGUUUAUGCAUUCUCCUAUCGAGGAACAUCUUCAGUCAAUCUAUAGGAUACUGAGAUAUUUGAAGGGAAAUCCUGGAAAAGGAUUAUUUUUUAAGAAGACUAGUGAAAGAAAUGUGUCUAUCUUCACCGAUGGCAAUUGGGCAGGUUCAGUCACAGAUAGAAGAUCAACCUCUGGAUAUUAUACUUAUGUUUGGGGUAAUCUUGUGACACGGAGGAGCAAGAAACAAGGAGUUGUAGCAAGGAGUAGUGGAGAUGCCUAG